UUAUAACGAAUCUUUGGUACAGCUGAAAGUCUGCAGCUUAAAGAUCGAUUAUUUAAAACCAAACUAAAUAAAUUUAAAUUAUCAAAUACAUAAUGUAAAGAAAACAAAUAAACAAUAGAAAUAAUGUAUAAUAAAAUUUUACUCGUUUUAUUAUUUCAAUCAGCAUUAAGUAGGGAUUUAGACGAGGCCCAAAGGUCCGAGCGAGCGAAUUUUAUACAAAAACUAAUAAAUCGAAGAAAACAUUUGGAAGGGAAAUUGAAAUUAGUCGGCGGUGCUAAUGAAUUUGAAGGUAACGUGUACAUCUACCACGCUGGUCGAUGGGGUGCUAUUUGUGACGACUCGUGGGAUCAUGCCGCGGCGCUGGUCGUCUGUAAAUCAUACAACAAGACUGGUGUACCGACACACGGCGGACAAUUUGGAGAAGCGAGAAGGAAAUAUUGGAUGGACGACGUAGUAUGUGAAGGUAAUGAGGAAUCAGUAACUCAAUGCAUAUUCAGUGGAUGGGGAUCAUCUGACUGUGACAGCGGUGAAGCAGCUGGUGUUAUUUGUAGAGACAAGGAAGUAGUUCCUAUAUCAUUGGACGUGAAGAAGAAGAAUAAAAUAGCACUUCACCGUGUAUUAGAUAUACGGAGAACUAGCAUACGUCUUGUAGGUGGAAGAAAUUCUAAUGAGGGAAGAGUUGAGAUUUAUCAGCAUGGAUUCUGGGGCAGUAUUUGUCCUGAUGGCUGGACAAUCUACGAAGCAUCAGCUGUUUGCAGACAUUUGGCACUGGGCUACGCGGAGCAAGCUUUACAAACUGAUUAUUUUGGUUCAUCCAGAAUAGUGCUUAGUGGAGUUCAGUGUGAAGGAAAUGAAACGAAUCUAUUUAUAUGCAAGCACAGCGAAUUCGGUGAGGUGGAAUGUCCUGGAGAAAAUGGUCACGUAGCAGCUGUAGUCUGCACGCAGCAUCUAGCAGAUCUACUUCUGGACACAACUGCUAUAGAGCGCACCGCACACCUGCAUGAUGUGCCCAUGUACCAACUACAGUGUGCUAUGGAAGAGAAUUGCUUGAGCAAAUCGGCUUACGAGAUUCAGCAAAGUAAUGCAAACUGGCAAUUCGAGACUCGUCGUCUUCUUAGAUUCACGGCGUCAUCGUUAAACAUCGGCAAUGCGGAGUUUCGACCUUAUCUACCUAAACACUUGUGGCAGUGGCAUCUUUGUCAUAUGCAUUAUCACAGUAUGGAAGUAUUCGCAACAUUUGAUAUCCUGGAUGAAGCAGGUACCAGGAUAGCAGAAGGUCAUAAAGCAUCGUUUUGUUUAGAAGACAACACCUGCUUGCCUGGUAUCGAAAGAAAAUAUUCAUGCAAAAAUUAUGGAGAUCAAGGAGUAUCUGUGAACUGUUCUGACGUUUAUCAUUACAACAUAGACUGCCAAUGGGUUGAUGUAACAGACGUUGAACCUGGACAAUAUACGUUUAAGGUUGCAGUAAACCCACACGCAAGAGUAGCAGAACAACAGUAUCACAACAACGCUGCUUCCUGUUCACUUACCCUAACUGACACUUAUGCCGCCGUCUAUGGUUGCAGGCUUGAAAGACCAUAAAAUAAUUAAGUAAUCUUGAAUUGAUAUCUGAAAAUGUUUAAUGAGGACAUGAAAAGAUCUUUCUUGUAUUGCUUUCUUCUAUCUAUACAUGCUAUUUA